AUGCCGACCCAGUGGGGAGUAGACGAGCACCUUGCAUUGCUGGCAUCCGCACUCUGGUCAUGCGCCUUCGCCCGUCUUUCUCCUCGCUCGGUUGUGCUGCUCAGUGGCGCCUGCCCGGCUGGCCACUUCUGCCCUGCCGGGGCCACGGCGCCUGAGGCCUGCGCAGAAGGCACUGUUCGAGAGACCGUCGGGGGCAAAAGCCAGCAGGACUGCACCGAGUGCCCAACGGGCAGCUUCUGCGACCCCCGCAUGCCGGUCCCCGUCUCCUGCCCAGCUGGCUACUACUGUCCUAAGGAUGCCCAAACACCGUCGCCGUGUGAACCCGGAUCUUACCUCAACAGCAGCGGUCAGUCGGACAAGUCGGCCUGCUCUCGGUGUCCGGAGGGCUAUGCAUGCGAUCGGAGCGCCGUAGUAGACUACAAGCUCUUUCCAUGCCCCACGGGCUACUACUGCGGAGCUGGCGCCCUGGAGCCUCAGGCAUGCCCAACAGGGACAUACGGGACCGUUCCGAAACUCGCCCAAGCAGAACGGUGUGAACCCUGUCCUGCGGCAGGCACAUCGACGCCCCGCGCUUGCCCGGCGGGCUACUAUUGUCCAGCGGGCGCCGAGGUUCCUCUCGCAUGUUCAGAAGGGACGUUUUGCUUAGACGGCGCUGCUGAGCCGAGCCUGUGCCCGGCAGGCCAUAAGGCGAAGGAUUCCUGUGUAGGUUCUUACUCUGUCGAGGCAUGCUGUGAGCCCUGUCCUCCGGCAACCUACUCCGACAUCCCAGGGGCAACCCAGUGUAGCCCAUGUGCUGCAGGGUACAUAUGCACGGGUGGUUCUGCAACCUCGAAACCCAGCGAAGAGGGGAGUCUGACCUUCGCAGGGUACAUAUGCCCACCUGGAUACUACUGCCUCGAGGGCGCUGCUGGGCCGACCCCCUGCCCCGCCGGCACCUUUCGAGACCAGCCGGGCGGGCAGGCUCUCGACUCGUGCUCGCCUUGUCCCGACGGAACGUUCCAGAGAUUCCCUGGAAUGGCGUCGUGCAAUGCAUGCGGGAAGCAUGCAGUGUCUGAAAAAACUUCUGGGUCUACAACUUGCGCGUGCGUUGGCACCUCCCGAUUCUAUCAAGUCGAGGACGGCACCUGCCCCUGCUUCGCACGCUACGCCGCUCAAGGUGGCGACCUGGAAGCGUCACAAGAUGGGCGGAGUCCUUGCCAAGGGAAGCUUUAUCCUCGGUGCGCCUCGGGCAGUCGCCGAGACGAGUUCGGUGCGUGUGUGCUUGAGGACGAGGUGGAGUGCUCCGAAUCCUGUCGAGGCGGCUCGGGAAUUUUCCUCAGUGCGUUUGGCGUUUGCCAGUGCGCCGACGGACCCCGAGUUGCGGCACAGUGUACAUCCACCUGCAAGGAGCAGUUGCCUCAGGUGUUUGUGUCAGAUGCGGGCAUCGCCGAAGCCGACCCUGUCCAGGGAACCACGACCGUCUAUCAGGAGGGGCUGCCUGCGGAUAUUGACCUCGCGCGUCUCCAGUUCCUGUGCAGGAAACUCAAGGAGGGGUUGAGCAGCUUGCCUCUGACAUCGCUCUGCGGGAUCAGCUUCCAGCAGUCUUCGGCGGCAGGCCUUGACGGGCUUCUGCGAAUGCCGGAAGAAUUCAGACCGACGCAAGCAUCUCCCAGUUCUGAGCCAUCGCGGGGAUACUUCGCAGGGACGGGACAGCGGUCACAGCACCGGCGUUUUGUGUCGCCGCCCUCGGCCUUCAAGACGGCGCUGACUCGCCAGCGAGCGACAGACCCGAGGCAUGUUGUUCCCAGGCCUGUUCAGUGUCUCCAGCGAGGGUCAACGAUUGUCUGGGAGAUUAAAGACGGAGUCUAUCCCGUUUACUACAAAGAAAGUCUGAUGAACACGCAUCCGGCGAUGGACGACGCGGCGUUUCGCGAACUUGCCAAGGCUGCCCCGAACCUCCCGCACUUCUUCGCCUACACAUUCCUCGUGGCGGGCUCUUUCGUCUUUGCGGCCUCAGACAACCGACUAGAAAUCUCCGUCGUUGUCGUUGUACCCGACGGCGUCCGAUGCCCGACAGCAACAACCUUCGCCGCCCCACUCUCAACACAGAGUCUUGGCAUUCUCGGCGUCACAACGUCGUCUCAACGACUCAUGGCAGAGCCGAACUGGGGAAUCGUCUUUCUGGGCGUUUUCGCAGUUGUGGCAUGCUGCCUCGUUGCCAUCUACGCAGUCUGGAGAUGCCGGCAUAGCGCCUGGGAAGUGUGUGUCUGGACAGCUCCCUUUGGAUAUGCGAAGCGGAUCAAGCCCACCGACGAUUUCUACUCAACGGUGCUGGCGACGGUCCAAGGUCUUCCCGGCGCCAAGGGAAAUCUCAUAUGUACAGACGUUCGGCUCAGACACCACGUCACCACUCCAGCGAUCGACAGCCUCUCCGAGAAAGAGGGCGCUCCAGGGACUGCUGAUGAGGAACCGAUCAUUCCUCUAAAGGACGCAGCUGACGCGCUGGUCGUCGACAUUGAAUCUGCUGAUACGCGGCUUCUGCAGCUCGAAAGAAUUUUGAAACGAACUCGGCAAACGCUUCUUCUUCUGCCCCAUGAGAACCUAUGGACGAUCUCUCCUGGCCAAACGAAGUUGCUACAGGCUCUCGCCUGCGUUUUCACUGAGGGCGACAGCACCCCCGUCGUCGGCGAGGCGCUGGCCAACGCCUUGACUCCCCACACCCUGGAGAAUCCGCAUCUGUCAAACGAAGGAGACUUCCCCGCUUCGCUGCUCUCCUGCGUCGACCUCGCUGGCGUUGCCGUCUUUGAUGCCUUGGACUGCUUGUGGCUCCACGCGCCUCAGCAAGGCGAAGACUCCGUGGCCGACCGCGUCAUCGGGAAGCUCGAGACGCUUCUGGACGGAGACAGCCCCCUGGAGAGUUCUAACGCGCUCUUUGUCAUUUACGACACAUUGUUUGCGGAGCGGUCGUACCAGGAAGAGCGCGUGAGAAGGGAGUGCAUGCGCUUCCAGUCUCUCUUUGCAGCGGCGAACCAGAAGUUCAAGGACACCAGCCAGACACUUAGUCUCCUUCCAGCGAGACAGGCCGAGGCAUGGUUCGAAAUGAAGGAUUUCCAGCUGCGGCAACUGCUGGACUUCGAGGCCAAGAUAGCUAGAAGCAUUAUCGAGGCAGCCGUAGGAGGUGUCACAAGCGGGAAGGCGAUGCUGGAGGAGAGCUUCUUGACAACGACACUCGAGAUGGAUCCGGGCAACAGUCGCGCCUUCCUCUCCGGGCUCCUGGCGUCCUCCCGGAAACCGCUUGCUGACCACAUUCGGCAGGAACUUGCUGCGGCCUUGAAGGAGUUGAAGCAGCUGUUGAAAAACCAGGAAUCCGCCUUAAUGGAGCUUGUCAGUGAACAGGCACGGAGUUACAGGGCUGCGGCGGACGCGCAGAGAAAUGCAUGCGUGGCGUUGCUCCUGCAGAAGCACGCGGAGGAAAACCAGAGACUCAAGCGGUGGAGUGCCGCGAUGGCCAAGGCCGUGAAGGAGACGCGGGCCUUGCAUGCAGAGGGUCAGCACGACGGGCGCCGAGACUCGGGAAACCUGGAAAGCAACCCUGGAGCGGCUCUGGAAUACGUCAGCCGUGCCGUUUCAGAGAGGCGACGGCUAGGAGAAGACCGACAGCGACUUGAAAUCCAAAUGCUCGAUGCUGCCUACUCGAACUCGGUUGAUAUGCACGAGGCGCGACUGGAUUUCCUUCGCGACCAGGCCAAAUUAGAGAACGAACUCUUGGAGGCGUACUCUAUCGAGGACCACAAGCUCCACGGCGACUUUGCGGUCGAGCUUGGAACCUUGCAACUGGAAGCGCUAGUGAAGAGUGGCCUGACACGAGCGGCAAGGACGGAGGCAGAAGGCGGGCAAGCGAGUCUAAAGUUCGAUGAAAUCGCUAAACCAGAGAUGGAAGGCUGGACUAGCAAGACCGUUGUGGCAGCGCUUCAGGCAGUCCAGGGGAAGGUCGCGAAGGAGCGGUCGGCCAACCGCGACGCCAACGCAAAACUUGUCGCCAAGGGGAAACAAGCCUCGGAGGCGCUAACGCGAUAUGCAUCAAACAGAUACGACCUGAUGACACAGGAAAUCGACGAAAUCCAAGGAAGGUCAUUCCAACUUGCUCUCAGUGAUUUGGAAGUCCGAGAUGGCACUUGGAAAGCUGCUCUUUCUGCGGCUGGCCGAAUCGCAGUGCAUGAUGAGGAGAGACACACGUCGGAACAAGAAGUUCUCCGGCGAACGGAGGUCCAAAAGACAGUUGAGGUGGACAACGACUUCGAAAAAGCACAACUUCUCCAGGAACUCCUCGAAAAGAACUCUCAAUCUCGGCUACGAACGUUCACGCAUCUACGGAGUGCCAUGCUUCAGACAAGGCUUAAGGCGUGGGAAAGCUUGGCUCUUGGUGGCGGACUCUUCGACAGAGAUAAGGCGCUUGAGUUCUGGAAAGAAGCGGCUGAUCACAGGACCCAAGACGACGACGCUCUUGCGGCAAUCCGCGACCAGCGCCGGCAGGCAACGGGGAAAUACGUAAUGAGGGUCCGUAAGCUGGUGACUCGCGAAGAGAAGCGACGAGCCCACCAGAGAGACGCCGUGUCUCACUCUGCUUUUGUAGUGGUUCAGCCUCGGACAGUUACUGGAAAGGGGCUCGGCAUGGCUGGGGGGGCGUUGCAGCGCGCAGUUGAGAUGCUGGCUCAGAAGAGGCUGGAAGACGAAAUCACCCAAAGACGGAGUGUGUUGAGAGAGGACCUGAGGCACGCGUUGGAGAAGAUUGACGAGGAGAUAAAGCGACUCCGCGAGGCCGAAGAGAGCGAGGCCGCAGAGCUCUCAGGUGCUGACGACGAGGUGGCUGAACAGGACGGCUCGGUGAUGGGAUCCACGUCAGCACUAGGCAGCGCGGAAGACGGAGCAGCGACAAAACGCAGCAAAAAACGGCCUGGGCGAAAACUUGAAAACCGCCUCAAGCUCCUUGAUCAGCAACGUGAAGACGCUGUCACCAAUUUCAACGAGAACGAGCGCAAGCUUGAGUCAGAGUGUCGUACGCGGGCUGUCCACGUGCGGCAUGAGAUCCUGCAGAAAAUCACUGACUUUGCCGCCGAGGUAGAAUCUAGCGGCCAGCAGCUGGAUAGCAUCGCAGCUGAAAUCGCCAAAGACAUCACGCUCAAGUACCAAGAAGAAGUGGAGGAGGUCCAAGAGAAGCGAACCAAACAUGCGGCAAGCGAGACGAGCACGGAAGCUUCGGAAGUCACUGAAAAGGCCGAAAACGCUGCCUCUGCUGAAGGCGAAUUGGACCAGCAAGUUCGGCAGCUGGCGAUCGUGCGUUGCCAAAGAUUGAUUUUGCGCCUGAAGCGACUCGUGGAAAAAGGCAGCAAAGUGGCUCGGAGCCUUUCUGAGAAUGCCUCCGCCGAGCUGCGUCGUCUCCAGAACGAGGAGAAACUCAUGGAAGCAGAAAAGCGAGCUCAGCUGGAACGGGAGUUUGAGCAACACGAACGCGAGAAGGACGAAGCGGAAAGACGCCUAGCAGCGUCGCUCGAGUCGCUUCAGAAAGAAUGGGAAGAGCGACUUGAGAGGGCCGAAGAAGAGGGACGGGCUCGGCUGCGCGAGCUUCAGGAGGCAGCGCGACGAGAGUCUGGACGGAAAAUGGACGAUCAGAACCUCGGAGCCAUGAAGCAGGAGAUUUUCUCAAGGCAUCAAGUGGACGCUGCUCGCUUUGAUGAUGCUCUCGGUGCCGAGUACUGGAAGCAAAUGAAUCACCUAAGGGAGAGGCUGCAGGUGAAGAUGAUGGCCCGGAAGAGGCGAAUGGUUGCGGCGGCUCAGGAGCAACUGAGCCUCGAAGGUGACCGUUUGAAGGAAGCAAGGAACGCGUUCGUGGCCCAGCAAGAGGCCGUUAGUUUUUACGACACCGAAAAACAACGUGAGGUCGUCGUCCGGGUCGGGCGGGCUUGGAGGGACGAAGCCCGUCGACGGGCAGCACAACGGAGGGCAAAUGAAGAAGCGGACAACGUUGCCAGAGUGGACGAGGGGACCCAAGAAGCAGACCUGCCGCCUCUUCAGAAACUCCCGACGAAUGCUCUCAACAAACGACUUGCCGGCAUUCGUCGUGCGAUUGAGGCCGCGAUCGCCGAGAUGCGCGGUACUAUGCAGUCGAUCUCCACGGUGGGCACCCGCCGAAGCACAUCGAGACGGCCAACCAUCCAACAAUUUGAGUCUUUAGUUGACGCGACAGGUGAAAUCAAUCAGCUGAUUCGAAACUUGGAGAAGCUGAGUGGCGUCUACUCUUCUAUUACACACCCCUAG